CGGGGCGAUGGAAGAAGCGCAGCGCCAGGUGCUGCAGCGGUCGCGGCUGCGCCUGGUGCAGGAGCUGCAAGUGGAUCCGCUCUGGGAGCUGCUGCUGCGCCAAGGGAUCUUCACCCAGGAUAUGAUCGAGGAGAUCCAGAGAGCAGGCACGCGGAGAGACCAAGCCAGGCAGCUGGUCACUGACCUUCAGACGCGAGGGAGGCGAGCGUUCCCGGUGUUCAUCUGGUGCCUCCAAGAAACUGGUCAGAAAGAUCUGGCUGUUUUGCUGAGUGAGGGAUGGACUCGGCCACGGUUGUAUCCAGCGGACAUAAAGCCCGUUGAAAUACGUCCACAUCCUGGACAAAGUGACCCACGUGUUACGACUUCGGAAUAUUUGCCUCCUCCGGUUCAGGUGGUGAAUGAGAAAAGCCAAGAGCCAACCCGUGACAGUAGAGUCUCUCAGGGCUCUGCAGAAGAGAAAUCCAGGAGGAACUCUGAAACGGUUUAUCUCUUGAAAAACGACCCCUGUGGAUACUGCCUCAUUAUCAACAACGUGAAUUUCAGCGAAGGCGCCGACCUUGCCCACCGGCUCGGUUCCGACGUAGACUGCGAGAGGCUGGAGAAGCGUUUUCGCUCGUUGGGCUUCGAAGUCCUGACCCGACGUGAUCUCAAAGCUCACGAAAUUGCCCGGGAGUUGCAGAGCCUGGCGAAACAAGAUCACAGCUCUCGAGACUGCUGCCUCGUGGUCCUCCUUUCCCACGGCUGUCAGACCAGCCACAUUCGUUUCCCUGGUGGCAUCUUUGGUUCAGACGGAAGGAGCGUUUCGGUGGAGAAGAUUGUCGACCACUUCAACGGGACCAAUUGCCCCAGCCUGAGGGGGAAACCCAAACUCUUCUUCAUUCAAGCUUGUGGAGGAGCGCAAAAAGACCGAGGGUUUGAAGUGGAUUCCGAGACUCCCGUCGAUCAGCUGCACGGACGUGCCGCCGAGUCAGACGCCACCCCCUUCCGAGCGCUUGCAGGGGACUCGGAUCAGCCAGAUGCCGUGGCAAGCUUGCCCACCCCAAGUGACAUCUUGGUGUCUUACUCGACGUUUCCAGGUUUUGUGUCCUGGAGGGAUAAACUGACCGGCUCCUGGUACGUCGAAACCUUGGACCACGUGCUGGACCAGUAUGCCCGUUCUGAAGAUCUGCUCAGUAUGCUAGUGAUGGUGGCAAACGCCGUUUCUGCGAAAGGGACGUUCAAGCAAAUGCCCGGCUGUUUUAAUUUCCUCCGGAAGCGAUUCUUCUUUGCGGUGAAAUGAAGAAGCCUUGGAGUGUAGGGAGUGGGGAGGGGGAGAUCUUUGCCUGAUCGUAGUGAUGGCCCCACCCCCCACCCCCAAAAGAUGUCCAGCACUCUCAAUUCUGCUAAAGCAAAUAAGUUGCCUUUAUCUUGUCAUUGUGGGGAGUGGAAGUUCGUUAACUGUGAAAGACUCCUCUUUCAGUAUUUUUUUUAAUCCUAAACCAAUUGUGUGUGGUGUGUGUGUGUAUAUUGAAGGAUCCCCCACUGAUCCCCAGAGAAAUGCCUGGAAGUUAUUUUCCUACGACGGCCUUUCUCUCUGGGGCUGUUCACACAACACGCUAACCCACACUCACUGGUUGGCUGUGAGUUGUUUUGAACUGUGGGUUGUUUGUUGAGUUGUGGGUUAGCGUGUUCGCUGAACACAACCCGGGCGGUUGUUAACCGUGCAGUGUGGCUUGUUAACCACCCUGAACCACCCAAUAACAAGCCACGGGUUCUCAAGGUGGCUUGUUUGAGAAAAAUAAGCCAUGCGGCAUGGUUUAACAAGCCACUCUGGCUGCGUCUUGACAAUAUGCCACAGUUCCACAAACAACCCACGGUUCAAAACAGCCCACACUCAACCACUGAUUGUGGUUAAGUGUAUUGUGUGAACAGCUCUUCCAUGUGUCCAUCAGUAAUUCAAGGUUCCUUCAAGGAGAAAACCAGGUGCCAUCUUACUCUCUCUGCUUCCAGUCCCCAGAUUUCAUCACUGGACGUCUGCAUACUGCAGUUCAAACACCUCAUUGGUGCUACCAGCUUAAACCUAUUUCAACCCAAUUUAUUUUUUAUGAGUCUCUUUCUCCUCUCUCUCUUCCCUUUUAAGAAACACUGCAAACGGCAGCUGUGUGAGGAUAUUCCAAAUUACUUCUUGGACAUGACUGUUUUUUCCUCCCAAAACAGCUCUCAGCAGAAGCCAUUUUUAAACUAAUUCAAGCCGCCAGUGUAAAUGGGUCCCUGAGUACGAACCAAAGAAACAACAUUUUGUUGAGGUGAAAGCCAGCUGGAGGGAAAGGACACAUUUUUCAUAUUGCCUGUGGUUCUUUUGUACAAUUAAAUCUUCUAUAUUUCUAUGCAA